UGUCGUUUUAGUUUUGUUCGAAAGGACACCGGUUUCUGUGGGCAAGCUCUGAAUUCUCAAAUACAAAUUGUAGGGUUUAAGGAAGAAACCGGCCUCCUUUUUCCUCAGCCUCGGGCUUCAUCUUCCAACAAUUUCCGGACCAGGGAAGAAAUGGCGUCGUUUUGCAGAUCAGCAGUAAUGGCGGGUUCUAGGUCCCUCGCUUCUAGAUCCAAAACCCUAACUUUAAAGAGCCUAACUCCAAAACCAAUGUCUUCUCCUUUCUCUUCUCCGUCAACAAGAUCCCUCCCUUGCGCUUCAAGGAUCUUAUCGGUGUUGGGAGGAGUAGAGUCCAUGAUGCCACUUCAUAGUGCCAUUGCAUCUGCUCGGCUACAAUCAAGCAUAGCCGUCGAUUCCUCCUGUUGGAGCUGGCUCUCUCAAGACUUUGCAGUUCCUCGGUGACCGAGUAAGGGCUUCAGUCAUUCCAAACCUAAUUGGCUUGCAUUUGAGGGCUUCAGUCAUUCCAAACCUAAUUGGCUUGCAUUUAAGCAGUUCGUUUCACAUCCAUCCCUUAUCCUUUUCUUUUACGGCUAUUUUUUCAUUUCACAUCUCUUGGCUAGAUGGAUUUCUACCUGUGGCAGAAAAUUGUGUUUUUUCCCUCCUCUUUGACGAGGCAUUGUCUAUUUUCAGCACAGACUUGUUAACGUGCAUGUAUAUCCUAUUCUGAAGAUGGUAGUUGACACUUAAAAGGAAAAAAAAAAAAGAACAAGAAAAAAGAGGUGAGAAAACAAUUAAACCCUGCAUUUAGGAAGUUCUUUUGCACUUGAAUUUGUGCACUUUGAGAAACAUUAGUAUUUCUAGUGUUGUUUGGAAGUUGGAAACUACCUAAGUUAUCAAUUUACUGGCUACUCUUUCUUCUUGGUUCAA